AUAAACCCUCAUCCCUGCAGCUUUCUUCUCCAAAAAACCCAAAACCAUGGACCCUGAACUCGUGCUUGCUUCGUCGCCGUCAGACGCCGGAAUAGUUUGCUGGGACGUACUUUCCGGCGCAGAGCUUCACCGCUUCCGUACUUGCGCUUCUCCUUCUCAUGGCCUCAACUUUGUAGGAUGCCGUUUCAUAGCCUGUUCUCAAGUUCGCGAUUCUUCUUCUUCCUCAGGCUCUGUCUUCUAUUGGUCCUCAAAUAAGCCUCAAGUAGAAGUUAAGAGCUUUCCUUCUGAACCGAUUAAACCCAUAAUUUCUCAUAGGGAAGGGACUUAUAUUGUUGGAGGUGGUGUAUCUGGUUACAUAUAUUUUUGGGAGGUUGCCACUGGUAUUCUGUUAAAGAAAUGGCAAGGUCAUUACAGGGCGGUUUCUCGACUAGUAUUCUCUGAUGAUCAAUCACUCUUGAUUUCAGGGGCAGAAGAUGGAUCUAUUCGAGUUUGGUCCCUUUUAGCGAUGUUUGAUGAUACACAAAAGGAGCAAGGAAAGAACUUAUAUGAAUAUAGUUUCUAUGAUCACUCAUUGGCCAUCACUGAUAUUGUUGUGGGUCAUGGAGGAUGCAACUCAAUCAUUGUUUCAGCUUCUGAGGAUAAAACGUGCAAGGUCUGGAGCUUAUUUAAUGGCAAGCUAUUAAGGGAUAUCAUCUUCCCAUCAGUAAUUAAUGCUGUUGUGAUGGAUCCUUGGGAACAUGUUUUUUAUGCUGGAAGUAAAGAUGGGAUGAUAUACAUUGCUGCACUCAACGCUCCUGAUACCAACAGCAGCCAUGGGAAAAAUAUAAUUGACUCAACAUUUUUUCACAGCGAGGCUGUCACCUGCUUAAAAUUGGCAUCAAAUGGAAACCUAUUGGUUUCUGGAUCAAUGGACGGCAUGGUUCGUAUAUGGGAUACUAAAACUCGUAUGAUAGUUCGAACUCUAAAGCUUUGUAAAGGCAGUCCUGUCAACAAUAUACUUGUUGUUCGUCAAUCGCAAUUUCUACGACCUCAUGGCUUGUCUUAUUCUCAAUCUUCAUCCAUAGUAAAGCAUAAAUCAUCACUACCACCUCCUUUGGAAAAGUAUUCAAAUUCAUCAAAUGAGGUUGGAGAAGUUAUAACAUAUUUAACUGGUAAUGAACCUCAACCUAGGAGGUUCCCUUACAUCAGUGGUCGAAUCUUGACCAAGUAUAUGAAGGAGCUUCAGCAACAAGGUUCGGCUGCAGCUUCUGAAAUGGAGGUGGAAGGAUUGAAGCUUGACUAUGAAAAGUCCAAGCAGAUGGUCCAGAAACAAAAGAAGAUGUAUGAAGAUUUAUACGAGUUUUGCGCAAAUGAAGUUUUGAAUAGAGACCAAGCUGGGAACUGUAAUGGUAGUACUUAAUGGGGGAUUUGUUCUUUCUUACUUUACUAGCCUCAUGAUAUUGUGUUGAUUCAUUCUAUUUACAGCUAAUUUAUAAUUGUAUUCUAUUAGAAUCAUCUUUUUUUUAAUGUAUUUUAUGUCAUUUUAAUUUUUGACAAACACUCAUUGGAAUAUCUUUUCUUAUGAUAAAGUUAAAGUAUUUUGGUAGUUAUUAAUGUAUAUUCUUAAUGCUUGUUGGCCAUUUGUGAUUGAAAAUUUUGCAA